GCAGUUGCUCAAAAUCCCCGCAGCAACUCCUGGGCACUUCAGCCCCCCCCCCCUCCUCCGCUUCAGCUGCAGAGCGCAAUGCCACGGAGCGAAAACAGGCGCAGCGCCUGCUCCGUUCACCCAGCCAUGUGGAGGACAUGCAGUAUCUUUUGCGCAUGGACCCUGCUGUUCCUUACGGAAGUCUGCGCGCAGUCUCAUCGACCAAUCUUUACAUGUGGCGGAAACAUCACAGGGGAGUCUGGAGUCAUCGGAAGCCAGGGUUACCCGGGAGUUUACCCCCCAAACACCAAAUGUGUGUGGAGAAUCACAGUACCUGAAGGCAAGGUGGUCGUACUGUCGUUUCGCUACAUCGAUCUGGAGAACGACAACUUUUGUCGCUACGACUACGUGGACGUACACAGCGGCCAUGUCAACAGCCAGAGACUCGGCCGCUUCUGUGGGACCUUCAAGCCCGGAGCCCUCGUGUCCACAGGCAACAAGAUGCUCCUGCAGAUGGUGUCUGACGCCAACACUGCCGGCAGUGGCUUCCUCGCCGUUUUCUCUGCUGCCCACCGUCACGAGAGAGGUGACCAGUACUGUGGAGGCAGACUAGAUAAGCCGUCUGGGACUUUCAAAACACCCAACUGGCCCGAAAAGGACUAUCCAGCUGGCGUGUCUUGCUUCUGGCAUAUAGUGGCCCCAAAAAACCAGAUCAUCGAAGUGAAGUUUGAGAAGUUCGACGUGGAGCGGGACAACUACUGCCGCUACGACCACGUCUCCAUCUUCAACGGGCCAGAAAUCAACGACGCCAGAAGGAUCGGCAAAUACUGCGGAGACAGCCCCCCAGCGCCGGUGUUCUCGGAGGGGAAUCAGCUCCUGAUCCAGUUCCUGUCAGAUCUCAGCCUGACCGCGGAUGGCUUCAUCGGACACUACAAGUUCAGACCGAAGAAGCUGCCCGUCACCACCACACCCCCGACCACCACUACACAGCCGGUCACUACUAGGCCCACACCUCUCAAGUACUCCGUCGCCUUGUGUCAGCAGAAAUGCAAGAGACGGGGAACCCUCGAGAGCAAUUACUGCUCCAGCAAUUUCGUGAUAACUGGGACGGUGAUUACGGCGGCGAUGAGGGGAGGAAGCAUGUACGCCACCGUCUCCAUCAUCAAUGUGUACAAGGAAGGCAGCCUGGUCAUCCAGCAGGCGGGGAAGACAAUGAGCACCAAGAUCAUUAUCCUGUGCAAGAAGUGUCCAUUAAUCAGACGAGGCUUGAACUACAUCUUCAUGGGCCAGGUGGACGAGGAGGGCCGGGGGAAGAUCGCCCCGCACCACUUCGUCAUGGCCUUCAAGAAGAAGAACCAGAAAGGACUGAACGUUCUGAAGAACAGGCAGUGCUGAUGGUUGCCCGUCCCGCCGCACCUUUCCCGCUCAGAACGAGGGCGGCGGGGGGCUCGGCUGUGGGUGGAAACCAUUAGGCGGGAAAGCAAAGCUCCUUCUCAACGACAGGAGCAAAACGCGACCUGGGUGCAGAGCUGGCAGGGCAAAACAAGGAAUACGAAUGGUUCAUUAAAUUAAGGCUAACUCAGCUUCUUGUUAUUGUGCCUUUCUUUCUGCAAGUUGGGCACACAGAGCGCUGAGUAAUUGCAGGCUGCGUCCUGUUUAAAAAGAACAGCUGGUCAUUCUUUUGUUUAAACGGAGAUUAACGAGCAGAAAAUAAGUCAAAAUUUACAUUCGCAAAUUUCCCCUGCAUUCCUGUCACGCUUCUCACAGAGAUUAUAUUGUGGCUACUUAGAAAAGAAUCCCUCUGUUCCCCCCCGUCUUCAAAUCUGUUCUGGCAUCACAUAUUGGCACUUUCUUUCUAAAAGUGGUUUCAAACUGUUCUGUUUAUAGUUUUAAACAAUUUAAAGCUGCAAAACGCAACGUGGAGAAAGACUUUGCGAAUUCUCCUAACUUCCCUGAUAAGCAGAGAGGAUUUAUUGUAUAUUUUUAUGACAACCAUUUAAAAAUGUCCUGUGCUCAGUUUUGAUGGGCAGGUGGUGAGUUUUAAAUGUGGUAACUUAAGUGCAAUAAUUAACGGUUCGUUCAAAAGGCUGACUUUGUGUUCAAAUAUUUACUGUUCAGUUAUAUGCAAGCAGCCAACAUCAGCUCAUGUCAUUUAAAAAAGAAGUCUAUGGAAAUUAUUUAUAAAGCAUUGUUUUCAUCUUACCAAAUAAAACUCUGACAUUCUC